AUGUUGGCUACCAAUUCAGUGGGAGAACCUGUAUUCUCAUUAGAUAGAGGUCCAGAGAUUGUACAACGAUCAUUAAAUGGUAAACUUGUUAAAGACUCUAUAAUUAAUAUUGAAGAUUAUUUGAAA